CAACUUGCAGCAUGGAUCGAACAACAUUUCGUCACACUCAAAGCGUCCAAUUACAACACCACUGCCACCACUAGCGACUUUUGUCCAGAACGUAGAGCAAGGAGCCUUAUGCGACACCAAUGCCCCGAACUCGAGGGUUUUGUGUCUUUGACCUGGACCACCAUCUGAGCAAGGACGAGAUUCUCCAUUUAUGCUCCGGCCACAAUUUGUUUGUCAUUGAGGAUGCCAAGAUCUUCUUGCAAUCGCUUCACUCAACCACUGGAGGCCCGGGUUAUCCUUCAAAUUGGCUAUUGCCAAGAUCGAAUGCAGCUUUCACAGUGCAAGUCGAGUACCGAAGCAUGGACAUGGCGACGGAGGCAAUGGUAUGGCUGUGCAGUAUACGAGUUGCGUGUCGUUACCUUCGUGUGGAAUACGCGCAGGAUCCCACCAUCAUGGCAAAAGACUUCAUGCUCCAUAGCAUUGCUGCCCCUGACAGGAUGCAGAUUCCGGCCAAAGCAAGACGUUUGACGCUCAAUGAAACAUGUGGGCCGGGUAGCAAGGAGACCGGAGUCCCCGUGGCACAACAGGAGACAAGGAGUAUUCUUAUUACAGAUCUCCCUCCGAAAGUAGGUCCGUCUGAGGUGUGGAGCUUUUUCAUGGAGCAGCAUCGAUUCGCCAUUGAAGAAAUGGAAGUGUUUCGAGGUGAUUCUGGAGCAAUGGAGCAAGCACGGGUGAGUUUGACGUCUGUGGAAGCCGCAAGAGAAGCUAUCCGUCGCAUAAACGCAAACUUCUGGGCUGGAAAGACAAUCCACGUGGUCCUCGACUGGCGGCCAUCUUCUCCUCUUAUCCGAAACGCUCAGCAAACGUUCGCUGUGUCGUUAUUCGGCUGGCCCGGCAGCAUUGACACGUCCGAUAUCCGAGCACUGUUGUCACACGCAGGCCAGUACCUACAUACCGAGUUCUAUUGCUUUUCAAACACCCAUGAUGGAACAAUGAAUGUGACAGCCAUUUACGCAUCAGCAAGGGACGCCCGCAGGGCCCUUUUCAUGUUUGACGAUCUGCUGCUGGAUGGCGGCCGCUUCCGCGUGUCCGGGUUCCAGCACGGCCCAGGCUUACAGCAUCCAGCUUUGCCCUCCGUCCGUGCUAAAGAGCACCCCGUCCAUCCUGACAAUGUGCUCAACUCCCCAGGGACCUGUGGGUUGUUCUUGCGGAACAUUUCAACCUCUAUGCCGGAUAAGCUCUACGAAUGGCUGAAGCUUUGCCCAAAGGAUGGCGAGCCUCGUCUGUCCAUGUUAUCUUGUCAAGGCCAAAGCUGCUCUGCCAUUCUGGUGGAAUACAACUCUGCCACAAUUGCGGCGGCAGAGCGACGGCGACUGGACGACUUCGACUGCGGCCAGGGGAAUUUGAGGAUUCAGGCUUGCUUCGAUCAACGGACUGCGGUCCGUCGCUAGGAUUAUGGCUGUGGUGAAGACCGCGAAGCUCCAGAUCUUACUCCCAUUCUUCUUUCGGAAUCCUCAAUUCUCUAGAUCAUGACAGCAAGAUAGCACCC